UAAACUUAUUUUGAUGUAUUAUUGUUUUUCUAUGAUGUUUCAUAAUUUUAUGUACUUAAGAUUUAACUAAUUUAAAUAAUAGUAUUGUAAUAUCCAAAAAAGAAUUAAUUUGUAAAAUAUAGAAAUAAAAAUAUAUCCACAAAAUAUUGGAAAAAACUCUCCUCUACCUCCUAUAUAAAAUAAGCGUCUCUUGAAGCUCUGCUUUCACAUUUGAGAUCGUUUCGUCAAAAUAUGGCGUUCCAAUCUGGGUUUUAUCCUCUCUCGACGACUCCUUCUCUUGGGAAUGUCGUCGAACGGAUGAAAGAGGCUUGUCAUCUUCACGUCUCCGCUCUUCUUGGUACCAUUAUCUCCGCAAACUUGAUCUUCUUCUUCGCACUAGUGGGCACGUUGUUAGGGGCAUUUACAGGAGCUUUGAUAGGCCAAGAAACUGAGAGCGGGUUCAUCAGAGGAGCAGAGAUUGGAGCCUUUUAUGGAGCUGUUGUCUCCAUCGAGGUCUUUCAAUCAUCGAUCCAACUUUGGAGAUUAGACGAGUCAUGCCUUGUCUACUUGCAUGAUGUCGUUGUUAGUCUUCUAAGCGGGAGACUCGUACGGGAGCGCAUAGCUCCUGCUAUACGGCAGCGUAUAAGUCUACUCGAGACAGGAGGCUCAACGUUGACAAUCACUGGCAACAAUAACGCAGAUGAUUCUGGGAACAGAGAAUCCUGUUCCAUUUGUCUUCAGGAUUACCAACGUGGUGAAAUAGUUAGAAUCUUGCCUAGUUGUCGUCACAUGUUUCACUUACCGUGUAUUGACAGUUGGUUCCUUGAGCACCGUUCUUGUCCAUUAUGUAGACGUGACUUUUAACUCUCUCUCUCUCUCUUCGUAACUCUCUUGUAACUUGCAGUUUUCUUUUUUUUUGUUGCUUAUAACAGUUGCCUUUUACAUCCCCUCAGAGUUACUACUAGCAGUCUAAUUUACGGGAGGACGUAUCUUCUUAAUGUUAUGUUUAGCAGAUGAACGUUGCCCUUCACGGUAUCCACUUCGUGGAAAUCCGUGUGUCUCUCAGUUGGCGGCCGUUUCCUUUCCUACCAUCCCACCUCCUCUGAGUUGCAGCCCUCCACGCCUCUCGCCAUUCUCUCUCCUUAAUGCUGCCGUUGCUCCACCAGGUUCACCCUUCCGUCGAGUUCCCGUAAAGGAGUUAACAUCUCGACACCAAAGCCCCCAUUGCGCCUCCCUCUCCUUUGCACUGUCACUUCAUCUUAAAUCAACCGCCGCAGCCCCUCCACCAGCGACUCAACCCCCCCUCCAUAUACCUCAGGCGACAACUUUUUCACUGAUGCAUCCUGCCGUUUCAUUGUCAGCCGUCGAGUGUCAGACUACUGGGUUCACAUGACAUAGCCCAAAUUUGUGUUGGUUUGCUUGAUUUAGAAAUGUUACAUGUUUUUUCAGCCAGUAAAAGCCACACAAUCUCUACUUCAUUGCUUGAUUUUGGCUAUGGUAUUGGAGUUAUUCAACUGCUCUUACCAGUCAACAGCAUCCACCUCCUACAAAGCUCCUUUGGGAGCCCGGGACGUGCUCAUUUUCCUCUGUUCUCAUCAGAUUAUUCACUCUAAUUCAAGUAAAGGAGAGUCUCAAGUCAGCAUGGUUGGUCUUGAUCAACCGUUUUCAAACCCUAUUAUUAGGUCUCACAUCGUCGGUUCAUAUUCCCAUUUGAGUAUGUUCUUAGGAAUAUCAGUUUCGGGUUUCAGGGAAGCAUCUUUACGGAUACAUUUGCCCCUUUAAGACUUUUAUCUUUUGUAUCGUUGUAGUUUUCGUUUAUCGUUUUGCCAUCGAGAUUACCUCCUGUUGUAACCGUUUCAGCCUUUUCGACUUUUAGAUUAAUAUAAUCGUUCGUAGUCCAAAAAAAAA